AUGAGCCCCUUUGAUCCCCCGCCGCUUGCAGCCCACCUCCUCGCAUCCCCUCUCCUAUUCGUCCUCCGCCCGCUACACGCUCUCCUCCUCAACCUCCGCCCGGCCCCAUGCACCCGCACCCCCUCCCAACGCCCCAUCCGCGUCGUUUGCAUUUCUGACACUCACGACUAUCACUUACCCAGCGUGCCGGAUGGAGACCUGCUGAUUCACGCGGGGGAUUUGACGAACAGCGGGACGCGGGCGGAUAUUCAGUUGGCGGUGGAUUGGCUGAAGACGCUACCGCAUGCUCACAAGGUGGUUGUGGCUGGGAAUCAUGACGGGUGGUUAGAUACGAGUAUUCGGGGCUUCAUUUCCUCGUGCGAUGCGGAGGAUGGGGCUGGUGAUGGCGACGCGCAGGCCAUCGAUUGGGGCUCUAUCCAUUACCUGCAGAACAGCAGCUUGACCCUCACGUUUCCGUCUCCCGCUUCCGCUGAUAGUGGCAGAUCUAGCCACCAUACGACAAGUGCCAAUGCCCCAUCUCGGACGCUGACGAUUCACGGCGCCCCGCAAAUCCCACAGCUGGACCCUUCACCGGAUUCAGUGCACGCCUUCCAAUAUCCCCCCUCCCUUGAUCCCACUGCCACUGCCACUACCACUACCACUACUACUGAUGAUGCUGCUGCUGCUGGCACAUCCGGGAUCAGCGACUUCCACGCUUACCCUUAUCCCACCCCCAUCACCCAUCACAUCGACAUCUUAGUCACCCACACGCCUCCCGCCUACCAUCUCGACAAUUACCCCUACUCCGUCGGCUGUCCCUAUGUCCUCCGCGCAAUCUGGCGUGACCGCCCGCGUCUACAUGUCUGCGGCCACGUGCAUGUGUGA